UCAGGAAAGGCAUUUCCGUUUGGAUAGGAGGGGACUCAGGUCCUCAGUGGCGGGCAUUUCCUCUUCUCCCAGGUGUGUGUUAGAACUAAGUCAGGAUCUUGGAUCUCAAAAAUCCAGUGGAGAAGGUGGGAAAGUAACGGUCACCGCAGCAUGUAUGAUGCCCGGUGAUGCUGCUGGAGAGUGAGGCGCCAGGGCGGAGACAGGAGCUCGCUCUAGCAGGGACACCCGCCUUGCGUGCCACUGGGGCCCCUCACUGCCCACAGAGUCUGAUGGCGGAGGCCAUGUGGAGGCACCUGGCUGAGGUUAGGAUGACCUUUGAGGAUGUUGCCGUGUAUUUCUCCAGGACAGAAUGGAGCCUCCUUAAUGCGGCUGAGAGGCGCCUGUACCUCCAUGUGAUGCUGGAGAAUUUUGCUCUUAUAUCCUCGCUGGGUUGCUGCUGUGGAGCAGCGGAUGUGGAGGCACCCACUGACCAGAGCGUUUCCGUAAGAGUGUUGCAGGCAGAGGAUCCCAAGGCAGCUUUGUCUUCCAAGAAGAGCCACCCCUGUGACAGUUGUGGGUGUGUCUUGAGAGAGAUUUUUCUCUUGGCUGACCAGCAGGGAACUCAACAGAGAGAGAAACUGCUGAGGUGUGGGGCAUGUGCAAAAGAAUUUUGUUUCAUUGUCAAGCAUCACCAGCACCAGGAGCAGCACUUGGGACAGAAGUCUUUUGUACAAGGUGUGAACAGGGCCUCACUUGUGAAGGGCCGCAAUUUCAAUGUGUCUGAAAAGACUUUUACCUUCCAGGAGGUUGAGCAGAACUAUUUUACAAACUCAGGAAAUAUCCAACAACCAGCUACUGACACCAGGGAAAGAGCAAAUGAAAUGUCAACAUUUGGGGAGGAUUUUCAAAGGAGAAAUAUUUACCACACAACAGAAGGAUGUGAGAAAGCCAUUGGCUGCAAUCACACACCUCUUCCAGACCAAGCUGUCCAAACUGGAACACGAUAUUAUGCAUGCCAUGAAUGUGAAAAAUGUUUUCUAGAAAUCUCAGGUCUUUGUUAUCAUCAGAAAGUUCACACUGGGGAAAAGCCAUAUGAGGGCAGCGAAUGUAGGAAAUCUUUCACUAGUGGCUCUGCCCUUCGGAAACAUCACAGAGAUAACACUGGAGAAAGGCCUUUUCAGUGUGGCGAAUGUGGGAAAUCUUAUACCAGAGUCUCUGCCCUCCAUAAACACCAAAGGGUUCACACUGGAGAAAGGCUUUAUGAGUGUGGUACAUGUGGGAAAUGUUUUACCAGUAACUGUGACCUUCUUUAUCAUCAAAGAGUUCACACUGGAGAACGGCCUUAUGAGUGCCGUGUAUGUGGGAAAUCUUUUACCUGGAGCUCGAAUCUCCGUAAACAUCAGAGAGUUCACACUGGAGAAAGGCCUUAUGAAUGCAGAGAAUGUGGGAAAUCUUUUACCAGUAGCUUUGCCCUCCGUAAACAUCAGAUAGUUCACUCUAGGGAAAGACAUUAUGAUUGUAGUGAAUGUGGGAAAUCUUUUACCAGUAGCCAUGACCUCUGUAAACAUCACAAAGUUCACACUGGUGAAAGUCCCUAUGAGUGCAGUGAAUGUGGGAAAUCUUUCACCAAGAGCUCUGCCCUCCUUAUACAUUACAGGGUUCAUACUGGAGAAAGGCCGUAUAAGUGUCAUGUAUGUGGGAAAUCUUUUACCUGGAACUCUAACCUCCGUAGCCAUUAUACAGUUCAUACUGGAGAAAGGCCCUACCAGUGCAGUGAAUGUGGGAAAUCGUUUACCACAAGCUCUGCCCUUCAUAAACAUCACAGAGUUCACACCGGAGAAAGACCUUAUGAGUGUGGUGAAUGUGGGAAAUCUUUUACCAGGAGUUACACCCUCUGUUAUCAUCAGAGAAUUCACAAAGGAGAGAAACCUUAUGAGUGCAGUGAAUGUGGGAAAUCUUUUACAAAGAGUUGGGCCCUCCGUAUACACCAAAGAGUUCACACUGGAGAAAGGCCUUAUGAGUGUGGUGAGUGUGGGAAAUCCUACGUCAGUGGGUCUGGCCUGCAAAAUCAUUGGAAAGUUCAUACUGGAGAAAGGCCUUAUGAAUGUUUUGAAUGUGGGAAAUCUUUUGCUAGUAGUUCUGCCCUUCAUAAACAUCACAGAGUUCAUACUUAAGAAAGGCCCUUUCAGUUUGCUAAAUAUGGGAAAUCUUUUACCAGUAGCUCUGACCUAUGUACACAUCACAUAGUUUACACUGGAGAAAGGCCUUAUUAGUGCAGUGAGUGUGGGAAAUCCUUCACCUAUAGCUGCCACCUCUGUUAGCAUCAGAGGGUUCACACAAAAGAAAAGCCUAUGAGUGCAGUGAAUGUAGAAAACAUAACAUUAAACUCAUUGUCAUCAGAGUGUUCACUUAGUAAAAUAGCCUUAUGGCUGCAGGGAAUGUGAAAUUUUUUCUUUAUCAGUAAUCUUUGUUAUCAUCAGAAAGUUCACCCAGGGCAUGACCUUAUGCCUCCAGUGAAUGUGGAAAAUAUUUUACUGGUAGCCAUGGCUGUCACUGACCUUGGGUCUCGAUGACUAAAUUCUUAUUAGUUAAGGAAAUUUGGGAAAUCUUUUAUUUUCUAGCCAUUUCUUCCGCUAUCUUCUGAGAGGUGACACAAGAAAAAGGAUUUAUAUAUGCAGGCAAUAUGAGGACUUUUUAUUAUUGUGGUACUAAGCUCCAUUCUAUUCAGAGAUUUCACUCUGGUAAAAGGCCUUUUGAGUACAGUGGACAUGGGAAAUUAUACUUCUAUCUUUACUCCUGUUUUCAGAGAGUUCACACUGGAGAUAGGACUUUGUGGACAUAAAAGGUGGGAAAUCCUUACCUCAUAGUUAUCACCACCUUAAACACACUUCACACUGGUUAAAGGCUUUGAGUGUGAAGUGAAUAUAGGAAAUUUUUACCAACAAAUGUAUACCUUUUUGACCUUGGAGAGUUCUCACUGUAAAUGGAUAGAUUUUAGGAAAUGUUCUGUUUUUGGUUUUU